CACAAAAUGAUUUAACAGGAAGUAUUCCCAACACAUUCAGCAAAAUGACAAAGCUUGAAUCUUUGGAUCUGUCUGAGAACCAUCUUGAAGGAAAGUUUCCUUUGAGCUUGUCAAGGUUAACUUCUUUAAAUUCGUUGAACGUUUCGUACAACAAUCUUGAAGGGAAAAUCCCAACCGGCCCUCAACUUCAAACCUUCGAUAAGACUAGUUUCACGGGAAAUGCACUUUGUGGCGAUCCUCUUCCAGCGUGUGUACCAAAUGAUGUUGAUACCAAAGGAUCUGAUGACGACAAUCAAGAUGAUUCUAAUGGCAUAGAUUGGACCCUGGUGAUAUUUACACUCGUUGGGUUGGUUGUUGGUUUUUGGAUCAUCAUUGUCCCGUUGCUAGUUAGUGAACAAUGGAGAAAUGCAUAUUAUCAUCUUCUUGGCAAGAUGAGGAUCAAGCUUCAAGAUUUGCUUCUUCGCAUAUUCCGCUGCUUUAGAAUGCACAGGCCACCGCCCCAAAUAGUUCUUAGCUCAAGCGAUCACGCUCAACGAUAUGAUCUGUCGCAGUAUAUAAUAGAUCAACCAGAAGGCUCUAAACAGCAGGCGGAGUCAUCUAAUUAUGAAGCUAGCUCGAUGGCUCACUCAAUUCAGUGAUAUGAUUGAUUGAUUAAAUCACAAUGAUAUGAUCAGUUAGAACAUAUGUCGCUAAAUUAGAUUAGCAUUGAUAUUCAUACAUGUUAAAAUAAUACGAGUAAUGGUUCUGCAAACGAUUUGGAUGAUUAAUUAUACGUAGAUAUAUCGUUCUUCAGGUGCUAUAUAUAUAUACAUUAGCUAGAAUAAGAGAAACAAUAUAUAGGUUAGUGUACAUGCAUAUAGUAUUCUGACCGGAAGAGCAUGAAUAAGGCAAUACAUUGAGUGUAUUAUGUAUAUAGAUAUUUCUGUACAGUACGGAUACUGAUACCUUUCAGUGUAUAGUUAUACAUUUAUUAAUUAUCAAGGGUUAUGAUAAGUUC